GCGCGCGCGGCCUCGGCGCGUCCUAUUUGUCUCCCUCUUCCUCCUCCCCCCCGACCCCUCCCCGUCCCGCGCUCGCCGGCCCACGCGCCUUGCCCGUUAUUACCUGAGGCGCUGCAACCGCCACGGGUGGGGGAGGGGAAGGGAAAAGGAGGAGGAGGAGGCGGCGAAGGCGCGGAAGGUGAAGGCGGAGCGGAGCGAAGAUGCCGGGGAAGCUGAAGGUCAAGAUAGUGGCGGGGCGGAACCUGCCUGUCAUGGACCGAGCCAGCGACCUGACCGACGCCUUCGUGGAGGUGAAGUUUGGAAACACAACAUUUAAGACAGAUGUGUAUCCCAAAUCUCUUAAUCCUCAGUGGAAUUCUGAAUGGUUUAAAUUUGAGGUAGAUGAUGAAGAUUUGCAAGAUGAGCCUCUACAGAUAACUGUCCUUGAUCAUGACACAUACAGUGCUAAUGAUGCCAUCGGGAAAGUUUACAUUGAUAUUGAUCCUCUCCUCUACAGUGAAGCAGCUACAGUUAUCUCUGGCUGGUUUCCAAUAUACGACACAAUACAUGGUAUACGUGGUGAGAUUAAUGUGGUGGUGAAAGUAGACCUUUUCAAUGACUUAAACCGUUUCAGGCAGUCAUCGUGUGGGGUAAAGUUUUUUUGCACUACAUCAAUUCCAAAGUGCUACAAAGCAGUAAUUAUUCAUGGCUUUGUGGAAGAGCUGGUGGUUAAUGAAGACCCGGAAUAUCAGUGGAUUGAUCGAAUCCGUACACCGAGAGCAUCAAAUGAAGCUAGACAGAGGCUUAUUUCAUUAAUGUCAGGGGAAUUGCAAAGGAAGAUUGGUUUGAAGGUAUUAGAAAUGAGGGGGAAUGCAGUUGUUGGCUACCUGCAGUGCUUUGAUCUGGAGGGAGAAUCUGGACUAGUAGUACGAGCCAUAGGAACAGCCUGUACCUUGGAUAAAUUAAGUAACACACCAGCAUUCUUACCCGCAUGUAAUUCCCCAUCCAAAGAAAUGAAGGAGAUUCCUUUCAAUGAAGAUCCCAAUCCCAAUCCUCAUUCAUCAGGACCCUCCACCCCUCUGAAAAACCAAAUAUAUUCCUUUUCACCUUCCAAGUCCUACAGUCGACAGUCCUCUUCUUCUGACACAGAUUUGAGUUUGACACCCAAAACUGCACUUUCCCCACAGGGACAUAGGAAUUUCCUGUUUCCCACUUCCCCAACAAUAUCUUGUGGUUCCCCACAGCUUAAACAGCCCUGUCUCCUUUUCUCUGGGUUUAACCCUAACCCUCUUCACUCUAGCCAUGUCAACCCAGUUCUGAGGAAAAGUGUUUCUUUCACUGAAGAGUUGCUUCUUGCUGCUUCUGGAAUGGGCAGUGGGAGUGCUGGAAAAGAAGGGGGACCAUUAAAAGCUCUGUUAAGACAACAAACUCAGUCAGCUCUGGAACAAAGGGAAUUUCCUUUUUUCACUUUGACGGCCUUUCCUCCAGGCUUCCUUCUCCAUGUAGGCGGUGUUGUCAGUGCCCGCUCUGUGAAACUUUUGGAUCGCAUCCACAACCCUGAUGACCCAGAGACUCGAGAUGCGUGGUGGGCAGAAAUCCGACAAGAAAUAAAAUCCCAUGCAAAGGCUUUGGGUUGUCAUGCGGUAGUGGGCUACAGUGAAUCAACAAGCAUUUGUGAAGAGGUCUGUAUUUUGUCCGCAUCCGGCACGGCAGCUGUACUGAACCCUAGAUUUCUACAAGAUGGCACCAUGGAAGUCUGUUUGGAACAAAGGUUGUCAUGGCAGCCUGGCUACUUUUCCAUAGGGUCAGAGAAGGGAGAGGUUGAUUUUUUUCCUCAAAACCAGGAUAGUUCUCCUCUGUUAGGGUUAGAGGAAGCAUCACCACCAGGCUGUGGAUUUUGCCACAUACCAUAUGAUGAACUCAACAUGCCGUUCCCUGCUCAUCUCACUUACUGCUGCAACUGCAGGAAACAGAAAGUUCCUGAUGUUCUUUUCACAACAAUAGAUUUACCUGUCGAUGCCCUGGUGGUUGGAAAAGGAUGUCUCAUUCAAGCCAGGCUGUGUCGUCUGAAAAAGAAAGCUCAAGCUGAAGCAAAUGCAACCUCCAUCAGUAAUUUGUUGCCAUUUAUGGAGUAUGAGGUGCACACACAAUUAAUGAAUAAGCUAAAGUUGAAGGGAAUGAAUGCACUUUUUGGACUGAGGAUUCAGAUCACAGUGGGAGAAACCAUGUUGAUGGGUUUGGCAUCUGCCACAGGUGUAUAUCUGGCUGCUUUACCAACUCCUGGUGGCAUUCAGAUUGCUGGAAAGACACCAAAUGAUGCCACUUAUGAACAGCAUAUAUCUCAUAUGCAGAAGAAAAUUAAUGAUACAAUAGCCAAAAAUAAGGAGCUUUAUGAGAUUAAUCCUCCUGAGGCUUCUGAAGAAAUUAUAGGUUCACCCAUUCCAGAACCAAGGCCUCGGUCAAGACUCCUGAGAUCACAGUCUGAAAGUUCAGAUGAAAUUACAGAAUUGGAUCUCUCACAUGGAAAGAAAGAUGCCUUUGUCUUAGAGAUUGAUGAUACUGAUGCAAUGGAAGAUGUUCAUUCCUUGUUGACAGAUGUACCCCCACCUUCAGGUUUUUAUAGCUGCAACACAGAAAUUAUGCCUGGUAUAAAUAACUGGACUCCUGAUAUACAGAUGUUUACAUCAGUGAGAGUCUCCAGACUUACCAACGUUACCCUAACAAAUCAAACACUCAAUAAGACCUUUAAUGACCUCUGUGAGAAUCUGCUAAAGAGCCUAUACUUUAAACUUCGAUCUAUGAUUCCCUGCUGUCUCUGCCAUGUGAAUUUUACAGUUGCUCUUCCAGAGGAUGAAAUAAUUCAGGUCACUGUCACAGCAGUUGCAAUAACAUUUGACAAGCACCAAGCUUUACAGAUGGCUAAAACGGCUACUGAAAAAAUGCUUCAAAGAGCUUCUACAGACAAUGAAGAACAAUUACAGUUUCCUCUAGAACUUUCUUCUGAUCCUCAUGCUUCUCAGCAGUUUUCACCACCUAAAGAGGACCUGGAGAAUGCAAGUUCCCACACAGGUAUACCAGCUGUCCAAAGAGCAACGUCAGUUGAUUACAGUUCCUUUGCAGACAGAUGCAACAGCUGGAUAGAAUUCAUUAAACUGAAAGCUCAGACCAUAAGGCGUGGAUCAAUUAAGACAACCGUGUCUCUUGACAAGCCAAGCCCCUUGACAGAAGGACAUUCUCAUAACCGUUUCAGUCCAUCAGGCAUUAAUUCUACAGUGCCAGUUGUUAAGAUGACACCUCUUUCCUUUAUCCCCGGGGCAAAGAUAACUAAAUAUCUUGGAAUAAUCAAUAUGUUUUUUAUACGAGAAACAACAUCUUUGCGUGAGGAGGGCGGCGUAAGUGGCUUCCUGCAUGCUUUCAUUGCAGAAGUGUUUGCGAUGGUCAGAGCUCAUGUAGCAGCUCUGGGGGGAAAUGCUGUUGUCUCAUACAUCAUGAAACAGUGUGUGUUUAUGGAGAACCCAAACAAAAAUCAGGCACAGUGCCUAAUAAAUGUAAGUGGAGAUGCUGUAAUAUUUAUACGUGAAUCUGAAUUAGAAGGGGCACCUGUCCAGCCCCCCACUGCUGGCUCUCAAACCACAAAUACGAAAGAGAGUACCACAUGAAGUCAAGAAACAGCUCCAGUGGAUAUGUGAAGAUCUCUGUGGAAUAUCUGAUGACAAAAGGUUGAAUUCUUUCUUAUUGGCAACACUCCAUAUAUCAGGGGCAGCUAUAUAUUGAAUGAAUCAGCAAAUGCUUGUCGAGGGGAUCUCCAAAAAGCCAGUGAACCACCUGAUGAGCGCUGUGCACUGAAAAUAAUGUGUGUCUUUGGAAAGAACAGAAAAUCAGAGGUUCUCAUCAGACACGAGGUCAUCAGGAUAUUACUUUCUGUUUCCCAGUGCCAAUAUAAAAUCUAAUUUGGAAACGCAAUCGGAAACCAAUGUUGUUAAUUUUGACUGGGGGGAGGGAAUGGAGUUUACAUUGCAACUGGAACAUAAAUGAAAAAUCAAUUAUCUCCUGUCUUCUUGACGAAGGUGCUGGUUUCACCAGUAUUGCCAAAUAUGUGACAUGUACAGUAAGUAUAUUUCUUGACACUAGUGAGAAUGUAAGCAAAAUUAACUGGACAAUCUGGAUUUAGUUGCAUGUUAUAGUAUUUUUUUUCAUGUUUGUGAACUAUUGAAUAUUUUUCUACUGUAAAUUUUUCAUUUUAAAUGUUAAAUAUGAUUAUGGCGAAAUUACUGGCUCAGAUACAUAUUUUUGGAACAAAGGGGACAGAAGAAGCUCUUCUGUCAGGAGUCAAUGAAGUCCCAGCUGUUUGUAAAUACGAAACUGGGACAUUUUACGUGGCAGGCUAUAGAUACCAAGAAAGUAAAGAAACAAUGGUCUUGUGACCACCACAUUCCCAGAAUGAAACUAAAAAUGUACUCAGGAAGAGUACAUUUUUUCUGGAGCAUAUCGUAAUAGGUUGUUUUCCGUCAUCUUUGGGCGGUUUUAGUAGAAGAUUAGAAGCUGUGAAUCUGAGAAAUAACUGAUGGUGUGCUUCUUGACUGCUUCAUUUACGGGAAAGGGGGAGGCAUACAUGUGACCAAAGAUGUUUUGAAAUGUGUCAUCAUGACAGCAUGCAACUGGUAAAAAAAAGUAAUCCAUGUAUCCAUUUUAAAAUGGCUUAUUCCUUCAGAUGGUGAACAGCUGCAGAAAAAUCUUUCAGAGGGUGGUGAAUGCCCAUCAUCCUUCACACACCCCCAUGACUACAUAGUCCAGAACACAGCCAAACACUUUGAUCGUCUCCUGUGUGGGACUUGAAGAAAAUGUGUAAACUUGAAUGUAAAUAGAUGUUUUGCUCGAUCUAGGUACUGAAAUCGUGUAUUAUUUGUUCCAUUCAGAGUCCAUUGUAAAUGAGAAUAAUCACAUUCCUGUUUGCAUAAUAAAGCCUCUUUAUUAAAUGUC